AUGGGAAAGGAUCAACAAGGCGGCGCCUACAGAGGGUGUGUGGCCCGCCAUCACUCGAACAUCCAUGAGAGGGCCAUUGUGUCCUGGUCUCUCUCUUUAUCCUCUCUACACUUUACACCACCGCCGCCCUCGCAGCUCAAGCAAGACCAGACGACGAUGAAGAUCAUCAACCGCCUGCCAGAACCUCACGAAUACCAAUACGUCCAACAACUCAUCCUCGACCAACCUUCGCAGGCGAUCACGGACGAAGCCCUUUCCGAGGUGCUGCGGAAGUGCAUCCACCUGCAAUCCGUGACGCUCACCGGGCUCGGGCGCGAGCUGACGGACGCGACGGUCAUCGUCCUCGUCCAGUCCGCGUGGCAGCUCAAGGACGUCGACCUCUCCGGCUGCACGUCGCUCUCCGACCUCGCGAUCAUCGAACUCGCGGCGCACCGGUUCCGGGGGCAGGGCGGGGUGCGCGUCCAUCCGCUCCGGUCCAUCAAGCUGAACGGCAUCCGCGGGCUGACCGACCCGGCGAUCGGGGCGCUCGCGGAGACGUUCGGCGCCGGGCUGCGCGAGGUGGAGCUGUGCGAGCUGGGGCUGCUGACGGCGUCGAGCGUGCGCGAUCUGUGGGGGUUCGGGAAGCGGCUGAGGCGGGUGCGGCUCGCGGGGUGCCGGCAUCUGACCGAGGAGGCCUUCCCGUCCGCCAGGUGGCCGAUCGUGGGCCCGGACGACGAGUCCGAGUCCGAAGCGCGAGACGAGCCGGGGCACGUCCGGCCGAAGACGUGGUUCGACAUGAUGCCGGACCUGCUGCUCGAGUUUCGGCUGCCGUCGCUGACGUUCUUGGACGUGAGCGGGUGCGAGAAGAUCACGAACGCGGUGAUCGGCGGGGUCGUGGGCCACGCGCCGAGGAUACAGACGCUGCUCGUCGCGGGGUGCUCGCUGCUGGACGACGGGGCGCUGGCGAUCGUGUCGCGGCUCGGGAGCCACCUCGAGGUGCUGUCGCUGUCGCAUUUGAAGCGGAUCACGGACGCGGGCGUCGUCUGGCUCACGUACGGGUGCAAGCGGCUCGUGAACGUGGACGUGUCGCAUUGCGCCAAGCUGACGGACCUGGCGGUGACCGAGUUUGGGUGCCAGCCCGAGUUGCAGAGCCUGAACGUGGCCAAGGUGCGGAAGGUGACGGACAACGCGGUGCUGUUCCUGGCCGAGCACGCGCCCAAGCUGGAGCGGCUGAAUCUGGCGCACUGCGCCGGGGUGCGGAGGGACGCGGUGGAGGUGCUGCUGAGGAGACAGCGGGGGCUGAGCUACCUGAACGUGACGGGGGUGGUGCCCGCAUUCGGCGAGCGGGCGUUUGCGCAGAUGAGCGAUCCGAUGCAGUCGGCGGUGCCACUGGCGUUUUCGGGCGAAAGACUGCGGGCGUUGAGGACGUUCCUGGACGAGGAGGCGCGGAGGAGGCUGGAGGCGGAGGAGCGCAACGUGCCGUUCGUGCCACGGACCGAUAUCGACGAGGAAGAUCUGCGGUGA